AUGGUAUUUGUUGUAUGCUGCUUGGUCAGGGAAGGGUCAAGUACACCAAUUAAAGAUUGGUUUGGCUGUACGCUUGAGGUGGAUAUUAUACUUUCUGACUUAUACCGCGAGUUUUGCAAUGGUAAAUUCGACGACGAUCCUAUCGAAGAUGACGUUAGAUGUUCGUUUUCAUGUGUGAAGGUAGGGUCAAACAAAGUCAUCAAGGACUUCACAAAAGUUUCUUCAAGUUCCUCUGUGAUUGAUGUGGUGAAAAAUCUUGGCUCCUUUGUCAUGUUUGUAAUUCCCCCAGCUGAGAAACAACAUGCCCACAAUGCUCGUGCAAAUGUAACAAACGCGUUUAGCGUGUUGAUGGAAAAUGCACACGCAAAAUCCAUUUCAUUGCCACCACAGUUCUCUGAGCAGCGCCAUCCCCAAAAAUCGAAGUUGAAGAAUGAUAUUUUGAAAUGGUUGGAAACCAAUAGUCUUGGUUGGUCACCUGACUCAGUGAAAUCUCUAGGACUGACCUUUGUGAAUACCCUUUCUGAUGCCAUGUGGUAUAUCGACCAGAACCAUGCAACCCUUUCAAGUCGAGGAUACCAUAUACCUGAAACUCUUCGCUGUUUCUCAGGAUAUCGCAAUCCUGAGCAACAGAAGAAGAGGAAAAUUGAUCAAUCAUUCCUUCAGCAAGACGAGUUGAAAGCACAUGGUUCUGCCUUGUACAAUCUGGCUCUUGCUUCACAUCUUAAAAAAGAUUCAUGGGCAAGUAUUCGUACAGCCAUUCUGUCACUUGCUGAUAGCCUAACAAAGUAUGGGGACUAUCUUGCCAGCCAAAACAAGCGUGUAAGUGCAUAUUUUAUUAUAUUUUUACAUUCCAGUUUUAGGACCACAAAAUACCUAUGGCAACUAGUAAAAGUUCAUAUUAUAGUUUCACUUACUAUUGAGAAAAACAUUUUAAGAAUUCAAGAAAAAAACUGUAAAUUUCAAGAGCUUUUCAAGAAUUUCAAGAGAUUUAAAACUGUAAAUUUCAAGAGCUUUUCAAGUGCCCUUGAAAAGUCAAGACUUAUUCAAGUAGUAUUUAAGGAGUUUAAGGAGUAGCACGAACCCUGCUAGAACUUAUUAAAGGGGGGCAGGGGGAAUUGGUGGUUACAUUGUUACACUGAAGUAUGUCCAGGGGGCCCUAACUUAGGAAGUAAGCACAAUAUAAUAAAUGUUACUAUUUAUUUUUUUAUAUUCUAAAUGUAUCCCGUUUAAUUUGUUAAAUCAGGUCAAAGAAAACCAUAGAAGACUGAACUUUACCUCUAAUGACAGGGACAAUUUCAAAGUGCUUUGUGUGACCCCAAACAUCAACGGUACUGUCAGAAAGACGUAUGCAGCGGUUCACGAGUCCCUUCUUCAGGCAAGCGAAGAUGUGCCUAUCUUUUUUAAUGACUUUUUACCAGAAGAUCGUCGAAGGAGGUAUGACUUUAUCUCAUCCCUAGUAACACCUUACAAGGCCAUAUUAUUCACCCAUACUGGUGGAGCAGGACAACAUUUGCACUUCUUGUGGAGAGUCUGUGAUCUCAAAACAGAGUCAGAUCUGCUUAACGAGGCACACAAUAUCGUGAAGGGCAUGGAGAAGGCGCUCCCAGUGUACCACUCAAGAGCCAUGAAGCAAGAAUUUGUAAAGAGUUUUGGAAGAGCAACUGGUUGUAAGUCUGCAUUUCUCCGUGCAGCUUACCGAAGGUUGACUGGUGACACCAGUGCAGCCUCCACAACCAAAGAGGCAGACGUAGACCAGAGAGUGUCCAGAAUCCUAGAUAAAGAAGACCCAGAACUCAUUUGGGAUCUGCGUACCAACAAUGAUGGUCGUCCAGAAGAAUACAAGGAAUUCCUCCAGCACUGCCAGCAAUAUAUAAAUGCUUCUGUGGAAACAGCUGUUGAUGACAGAAGACAUGAUGUUGUGGUUGGCAGUGAUGAUGUGGUUACUCACCUUGCAACCGCUCUAAGUGUCCGAGAUCUACACGAGCAGGUCUCCAAUAAGUGUGCAGAAGGGACAGCCAUACCCAGUAUCCAGUGGCUGCGAAUCCAGUUUUGGCCACGGCGACCCAGUGCCAAAACAGCAAGCCGCUAUACAGGUCGGCUUAAAAUCAAAUUCAUGAUUCAGGCUCGUCAGUAGCCUGCGAACAGACUCUCAAGCUGAAUUGAGAGCCUGCAUCGAUGACUAAUGAAUUUGAAUAUCUGCCCCGUAACGUUCGUUUUUCCAAAUAUGGAAUGUCUGUCCUUAUUUGGAGUUGUUUACAACUUUCGUGCAAACUAAAUUUAGACCGUGCAAACUAAAUUUAGACCGUACAGUUUAUACUGUUUUUCGAAAUAUAAGAUAUUAAAGCAAAAGUUCAAAUAUUUUAAAUACUGUUUUCUCAAAACAGAACAUUUCGUGCUUUGAGAUAAGACGGCCAAGACCAAUUUGAUCAGUUAAUGUGUUUUUUAUGCAUAGUGCUUCAGCAGUUGACAUAUAUAGAGCUCAGCGGAAACAUAUAAAUUAUAGCAUCUGACCAAUGAGAAUUUCGCGUCACGAUUUGAGACGCAGAUAUUCAAAUCCAUUAGUCAUCGAUGCAGGCUCUCAAUUCAGCUUGAGAGCCUGUUCGCAGGCUAGCUCGUCAGCUGAGAUCAAAUCAUGUUGAUGCGCACUAUGCAUCUGCUCUAUUCAGAUAUCAGAAGGAAUUCAGUAUCAAGUUUCGUGACCAUCUUACUUUUACGUCUUUGGAUGACAAACAUACCAUGAAAGUAGGUGAGCCACAGUGUCCUGUUGCAGCUGUUGAACGUGGAAAGCAAGUGCUGGUUUCUAAAGACAAGAAACUUACAGUGGCUGACCAUGAUUUCACAAGGCUCACUUUGACACCUAGCGUGGCGAUGAUCAUUGAUGUCCCUGAAAGCAUGGAAGGGUCAUUCUAUCGUGGGAGAGUAUUUGUUCUCUUCAAGGAGAACGCAUUUCAACCAUCAUCUCCUCGUAGACACAUGGCAGAGCUGAAGAACAUUCUUCAAAGAUUGGGCCCGGUGAAACCAAUUCUUGUGCUGUAUACAGAUGGUGGACCAGAUCAUCGGUUAACCUACCUGUCAGUUCAGCUAUCCCUGAUCUCCCUUUGGUUGAACUUGGACCUGGACUUUCUAUGUGCCGUUCGUACUCCUCCACAACACAGUUGGAAAAAUCCUGUGGAAAGGAUCAUGAGUAUAAUAAAUUUGGCCUUGCAAGGUGUGGGUGUUAUGAGAGAAGAGGUGCCUCACGAAAGUGAGCUAAAGCGAUGUGGUUCCUUAAAGAGUAUUCGUGAGCUAGCUAAGAAGAUUCCAGUGUUGAAGGAAGAGGUUUUAAACUCUGUCAAACCGAUGACGGAGCUACUGUCAACACUCAUCCAGAGGUUGAAAUUGAAGGAGCACAACUUCGAAUCGCAAGAUGCAGCAUCUGUGGAAGACAUUGAUGUGCUCUGGAAAGAAGUUUUAAAGGUAACAAUGCCUACAGAGUAAUAGAUACCUAUGUCUAGACACAAAGUACAAAGCAAAUGUCAGAUUAAAUGCUUUGGGACUUUUCGUUUCAGGUUGAUGAAUCACUUACACCAGAUGACCGCACCAAAAAGCACCUCCAACGCAAGGAGAAAUUGAAGAAAUUUCUUGAUACACACUGCCAAAUCAGGCAUUACAUGUUCAGUAUCUUAAAGUGUCAGAUUCCAGAUGAUUGUCAGAUCUGUGAGGUUCCAAGGCUUCCUCCAGAUAUAUUUAAACAGAUUCACCGCUUGCCUGACCCAGUCCCAUCUGGAGAAAGAUACAAGUCGUUUACGGAGUUAUACGGCAAGGUAAACCCUAGUUUAGACUGUCUGGAUGAAUAUAAAUAUCCAAUGUCUCUUGCGAGCAUUGGCCAAGGAUAAAACAUUCACAUUUCGAAGAGCCUUUGCUCGAACGUUAAUGUUUCAUCCUACCAUUACAGGCUUGCAAGCGACUCGACAACCUUUGGAUAAUUUACACUGCUGCCUAUGCUUAUAUACUCAUGUAAUAUUCCAUUUGGAUGGAUAAUACAUUGAUUCAGGAGUGUAAAUGGAAAUAAUUUAAUUGGCGUGAGCUAGUAACUCAAUCUAAUUUUUCUUGUAGGUUACCACAACUGAAGAGCACUGUCCCUCCAUUAAACUCAACGAUCUACUGAAAGGGCAUGGUUGCCCUUUCAGCCCUUCUGCCCAGACAGCCAAGAAUGUCGGAACUGUCAUUCAGUGCGAGGAAUGUGGAAAGUGGAGGUGCCUACAUGCCUCGAAGAAAUUGAACAAGAAGAUGAGGGAUGAACUAGAAGUUGAAAUGGAGACAAUCCUAUACAGUUGCGGAAGUGUUUUCGAAAAUAUUGAUGCUGGUGAAGAGGAUAAUUCUGUUCUGACGAACAUACAUGUGCGAGCCAACCUUAACUGCAGAUCACAAAUAGAAAAAACUUAUUAUUCCGCUGGGUUCGAAACUAUUUGUAUUCACUGUGGCACAGUUGAAAAUCUUGUGGAAAGUGAUGGAUUCUAUCCAUACUGUGAAGAUUGUACCACAGAGGACAGGGUUAGCAGGCGUGGGAAGGCAUUUGCUGCGAAAGAUUGA